AUGACCGACCGGCACGAACGCAGACCCUCUGUCGGAACCCCCAUCUCUGAGCUCCAGGGCCCCGUGGGACCAGGCUUUAGCCGCCCAAAGCACAAGCGCACCUUCACCGGGUUUGGACCGGCAGAGAUCAAGAGCGUCGAGGCCAGUCUGCCGGAGAAUCUGAGAGAGGCAUGGCGGAAAUACUCUGCUGCUGGUUUCACGACCAAAGAUGAGUUUGAGAAAGAGCUCGUCCGUCAUAUUGAAACCACUCUCGCUCGAUCGCUGUACAACUGCGACGACCUGGCGGCCUACUCGGGAACAGCUCUUGCCUUUCGAGACCGUCUGAUCAUCGACUGGAACAAGACCCAGCAGCGGCAGACCUUUGCCGAUCAGAAGAGAGUCUAUUAUCUCUCGCUCGAGUUCCUUAUGGGUAGAGCCCUGGACAAUGCCAUGCUGAAUGUGGGAAUGAAGGAUGCUGCUAAAGACGGCCUGAAAGACCUGGGCUUCCGCGUCGAAGACGUGAUCAGUCAGGAGCAUGACGCUGCGCUCGGAAACGGAGGGCUGGGCCGUCUGGCGGCCUGUCUGCUGGACAGUUUGGCCACCUUGAACUACCCAGCCUGGGGCUACGGAUUACGAUACCGGUACGGAAUCUUCAAGCAGGAGAUUGUCGAUGGCUACCAAGUGGAAAUCCCGGAUUACUGGUUGGACUUCAAUCCCUGGGAAUUCCCUCGACACGAGAUCACCGUCGAUAUCCAGUUCUACGGAACGGUCCGCAGGUAUCAGGAUGAGGACGGCAAGACCGUCAACUCCUGGGAGGACGGCGAGACCGUCCAGGCUGUGGCAUACGAUGUCCCGAUCCCAGGGUACGGGACGCAGACAACCAACAACCUCCGUCUUUGGUCCAGCAAGGCAACCAGUGGAGAGUUUGAUUUUCAAAAGUUCAAUGCCGGGGACUACGAGAGUGCCGUUGCCGACCAGCAGCGGGCCGAAACCAUCUCCGCCGUGCUGUAUCCCAACGACAAUCUUGAGCGAGGCAAAGAACUCCGGCUGAAGCAGCAGUACUUUUGGUGCGCAGCCUCGCUCUACGACAUUGUCCGCCGUUUCAAGAAGACGAGGCGAGCCUGGAGUGAGUUCCCGGAUCAGGUUGCCAUCCAACUGAACGACACCCACCCCACGCUGGCGAUCGUGGAGCUGCAGCGCAUCUUGAUCGACAAAGAAGGUCUUGAGUGGGACGAGGCCUGGAACAUCGUUACCCACACGUUUGGGUAUACCAACCAUACGGUCCUGCCGGAGGCGCUGGAAAAAUGGUCAGUCCCCUUGGUCCAGAACUUGCUGCCGCGUCACCUCCAAAUCAUCUACGACAUCAACCUCUACUUCCUACAGUCCGUGGAGAAACGCUUUCCUCGCGACCGGGAGAUGCUGUCCCGUGUCUCCAUCAUUGAGGAGUCGCAUCCCAAGAUGGUCCGGAUGGCUCACCUGGCGGUCAUCGGCUCUCAUAAAGUCAACGGCGUGGCCGAAUUGCACUCGGAUCUCAUCAAGACCACUAUCUUCAAAGACUUUGUCGAGAUCUACGGGCCCGACAAGUUCACCAACGUCACCAACGGCAUCACCCCGCGCCGGUGGCUGCACCAGGCGAACCCACGCCUGUCGGCCCUAAUCGCCUCGAAACUCGGCGGAUACCAUUUCCUCACGGAUCUGACUCUCCUGGACAAGCUGGAGGCCUUUAUCGACGACCCAAAGUUCAAGAAGGAAUGGGUAGAGAUCAAGACAGAAAACAAGCUGCGGCUCGCGAAGCAUAUCAAGGACACGACGGGCUACACCGUCAACCCCAAGGCCCUCUUCGACGUCCAGGUGAAACGUAUUCACGAGUACAAACGGCAGCAGCUCAACAUCUUUGGCGUCAUCCAUCGAUACCUCCGGAUCAAGAGCUUGUCGCCUGAGGAGCGCAAGAAGUUGGUGCCCCGCGUCUCCAUUUUCGGCGGCAAGGCAGCCCCCGGAUACUGGAUGGCCAAGAUGAUCAUCCAUCUGAUCAACAACGUUGCGGCAGUGGUCAACAAGGACCCUGACGUGGGUGACUUGCUCAAGGUCAUCUUCAUCGAGGACUACAAUGUCAGCAAGGCUGAAAUCAUCUGUCCGGCCUCCGAUAUCAGCGAGCACAUUUCCACGGCGGGCACUGAAGCCAGCGGAACCAGCAACAUGAAGUUUGUCUUGAAUGGAGGGUUGAUCAUCGGAACUUGUGAUGGCGCUAAUAUCGAAAUCACCAGGGAAAUCGGCGAGCAGAACAUCUUCUUGUUCGGGACGCUGGCCGAGGACGUCGAGGAGCUGCGCCACAGGCACUUCUACGGCGACUUCCAGAUUGACGGGGACCUGGCCAAGGUGUUUGACGCGAUAAAGCAAGGCACUUUCGGUGAUGCAGGCAACUUUGCCGCGUUGGUGGCCGCCAUCGUUGACCACGGCGACUACUACUUGGUAUCGGACGAUUUCAACUCGUACAUCAAGACACAAGACAUUGUCGACGAGGCGUUCCAGAACCAGGACGAGUGGCUCACCCGGUCGAUCACGAGCGUCGCGCGCAUGGGCUUCUUCUCGGCAGACCGAGUGAUUAACGAGUAUGCGGAUAGUAUCUGGAACGUGGAGCCUUUGACGGAGUCGUAG